UUAAAUUGUAUCAUUUAACUCUCUUUUUUUUUUCCUUUUUAUUAAAGAACUUGGGUUGUCAAGAAUUCAUGAUGAAGAGCCUUUUUUUGUCUCUCUUACUUGUCUCUGUUCUAUUUAUGAACAGCUUCUCAGAAGUGCAGGGAAAGAAAUGGAAAGGUGAAGGUACAACGCAAAACCUGGAAAGUAUUGUCAUUGGAAGAUGCUAUGACUAUAUUAGAACUGUGAAUCCUGCUGUUGGUGAGAAGAAUUGUUCAGAGAUAUGGGAAGCAUUUAAAAAUGCAUUUAUUAACAAGGAUCCUUGCAGCAUUCUACCUAAGGACUAUGAAUUAUUUAUCAACCUGUCAUUGCAUACAAUUCCACCUAACAAGUCUCUCUUCUGGGAAAAUAAUCAGCUGCUAGUCAAUAGCUUUGCUGGCAAAGGCCGUCGCUACAUGUCUCUGGGUGAUACUCUGUUUGGCUUCUUUGGAGAUUUUCUAAACUGGUGUGGGCAGGCAAACAGCUCUGGACUGGACUAUGAAUCCUGCCCUACCACGGAGGAAUGUGAAAACAACGCGGUGGAAUCUUUCUGGAGGAUGGCCUCAAUCACUUAUGCGCAGCACAGUUCUGGGGUGAUACACGUCUUGUUGAAUGGUUCUGCAGUCGGAGGAGCUUAUCCAGACCCAGGUUUUUUUGCAGAUUAUGAAAUACCUAAUCUCCAGAAAGACAAAAUCUCACAAAUUGUCAUCUGGGUUGUGGAUAAUAUUGAAGGACCAGAUAUAGAUUCCUGUGGAACUCAUACUGUAAAGAUAUUAGAAAACAGGCUGAAAACCCUUGGUUAUGAUGUCACCUGCACUGACAAUUACAAGUCUGUAAUGUUCUUACUCUGCCUGGAUUAUCCUGAUGAUUCUAAGUGUACCCUUUCAUCAUCUGCACCAGCAGCACAAAGAGGACCUAUAUCUUCAGACAGAGGAGGCAGCUGGAACAAGCUCAUGUUUGUUUCUUUUGCAGGCUUUUUGUUCAGAUUUGCUUUAGUGUACUAAGUUAAUCAACUGAAUCCAUAUCCUCUGUUUGCCUUAGCUGGCUAUAAAUUUGGCUGCAACUAAUUUCUAACUGCGAUUUCACCCUACUUCUGGGACUGGCAAACCUGCAUAUUAAAACCCUGCAUUCUUCUAUCUAGAUACCAACUACUUUUAGUAUCAAAAAUUAUUCUGCUGCUGCUGCUAGAAAGCCUCACCCUUCAUUUGCUUUUCUGGAAUAGAAGAAAUUUGCUAUUUCCUCUUAUCCUUAUUCUCCAGAAUUAAACUGAGAAUAGUACUUCCUGUGCACAUAUUUCAGAAAGAAAAGUGAAACUAUGCCUGUCAUACAGCUCCCACACAGCUUACUUGUUCAUAAAAACAAUCCUAGCAUUUGGCCUUGGAAACCAAGUGUCUGAUUAUCGUGUUUUGGGAAGGAGAAAUAUGAAUUCAGAUGGGAGAGAGCUCAGAUUGCUCACUUGGUACAAGAUACAAUAGGUGAGACAGUGGAAAAAUUAAACAUAUUUUCAUAAGUGGUCCAGUACUUGGGCCAAACUUACCUGAAACUAUCAUACAGUGAGAUUCUGGCUUACAUACUUGCAUACAGUAUUUUACCACAUAAUACCGAUUGCUUCGUCAUCCACACAGCUGUUCCUUAGCUGGCUGUUUCCUGGCCACUGGAUAGCCAGUAGUCAGGAAUACUAGGUCUAGAAAGUUCCAUAGGUUUUCCACCAUGAUGUGAUGGUUGAUCACCAUGAUGUGAUUUAUGGCAUAUCAAAUUCAGACGAGAACCUGCCAAGUCAGACAUCUGCCUGCUUGCAGUGAACUCAUUAGCAUGCUUCAGAAUAUAUUGAAGAGAGCGCACAUGCUAUCUUGAAGGUGUCUUGAGUUACUUCUGUGAAUUUCUAAGUGUUCCAGCUAGAUGCUCCUCUAAACCACCAAGACAUCCAGCUACCAAGAUGACACAUAAAUCUUUGGGAAAAAAUAGCUGUUAUUCUAGAAAAUAACUUCAAUUAGAAUUUUAUUGCACAUUCUCUGUUAGCUUCUGUAGUAUUCAUUUGUGUUUGUAUUAGCUGAUUGUCAGGAAACUGGGAUAGGAUGUUCCUGUUAUCUCAGUGCAUCUGAUUUAGGACUCCAUAGUAGAUUUACAUCCUUUCAGUCCCUGGUACAACUAUAUCAUGUUGUAUGUCUGAAAGAUAAAAUAUCUAAAAUAUGUUGUUGUUGCUUAUUUGUCUGGCUUCCAUUCCUGUAAUAAUCUUUAAUUUGGUUUUAAUGCAGAUGCCUUUAUAUUACACACAUAGUUGCGUUUGCCUGUGUCACAGCUGGGUUUAGGCUCCAGCUUGAAGGAUUUUUGUGUCUGUUUCAGACACUUGCAAAAGUACUGAAAUCAGAAGUUACAGACCUUUGAAAAUCCGGGCUGUAUUACACCUCAAAAUUGUUCCCUACCUAUGCUGAAACAUUAGUCCUUUGAUUAGUUCCUUCAACAUCCUCCUCAUUUUUAUUGCUUGUUUGAUGCUGUCCUUAACAGCAGCAGCCAGAAUAAUGAGAGGUAUCUGUUUGUAACACAGACACAGCUCAGAUGAUAACUAAACCCAAGCAAUUUUGAUCAGUCUUCUAUUUGUCCACAGCAGAUCACAUCAUGACACAUUUUGGACCGCAGGCUGUAGAGAAAGUGCAUAUGAGGCUCACAGAUAGGUGUCCAAGCCAUCGUUUGGUUUAGCGUUGUCCUACCCACUGACCUGUAUAUUAUAGUGUGUGCGGGGUUCAGACAAUAGCUUAAUACCAUUAACAAGCCAUAUGCCUAUUAGGCAACUUCCACCCACAAGUGAAGCAUCCCAGCUGGCCAACUUUUGCUUUCCAGCCUCUGGAAGUGCUAAAUAAUUCUGUUUUGAAAAAACAGUAAAAUACAAAGUAGGAGAGAUAACGAUUCAAAUAAUUUGAGGUUAUUUACUGCUUAACCUUAUAUGAAGAACAACACGCUUAGAAACCUCUUGCAGUGUUUUCUUAUUUCUAAUGUUCUUGCCUCUUUUCCCAUUACUUCAACUCGGUAGCAAAGACAGCAAUUUUGUUUCCAAUAUCUUUUGAAUAAAAUGUCUCAAACUUGCUGGAAAAGCUUGGGAAGGUCUGUAAAGAUUUUUAGCUAACCAACUAAUAUAGCUGGGAAAAAAAAGAAGGCAAAGUUUUAGAUACAUAGGCUUCCUGAGAUCUUGAAGGCAGCAAAUUUCAAGCUGAGUGUGGAUCGUUUGUUCUGAGUUUAAUGUAAUGGUUUUAGUCUGUGCAAAAGAACAGUGUGACUGGCAUCUCGGAAGCAGAGGGGCAGAAGAAGUGUCAGCAAAGCGAGAAACAAUAAAGUCAUUUGUUACUCCCAGAGGGAGGGAGAGACAUGAAGAAAAAGUUGUGAGCAAGAGAAUCCCUUAUAUCUCUCUUUUUUAUUUCUACAUCUACAAAGUGUAUGAACAGUGCUAUUUACACAUAUAUUUUACACUUAUGUGGUGAGAAUCAGCUAGGUAUGCCUGUGCUCUGUCUUGCACACUCGGUAAAUGCUCUGAUUAGCAAUGUCUCAUGUAAGAGCUGUGCCAAAUUUGGAGAAAUCCUAAUGUCCAAAAGGCAUCUGCCCUUCUCUGUAAACUCAUGCAAGCCUCGUAAUGUUCAGCAGGAUGCUUCAAAUACAGAUUCAAAAUGUUUCAGUUGUUCAUACUUGUACUAGCAGUACUGCAAAAACAGCUGUCUCCAGACCUGAAUUCAAGGGGGAAAAUGUUUCAUAUGAAAACAUUAUGUAUGUCACUUCAUUUUGAAUCCAGUUGGAUGCCACAAUCCUGUGUAGAUCUGUUAAUAUCCAACUACUUAUGGCAAAUGCAAGCAUCAUGUAAAGGAGCAUUACAAGGUGCUCUGCAUUUCUGCAGACAGACCUGUGGAAGCUAUCGAUACUAAGGUAGUAUUUCCUGUCUUUGCCCGUUUUGUGGACCACUUAAGAACUCAGUUAUGUCACGCUCUUCAUUCCUAUAUAGAAAUAAAUAUAAUCUCCCCUUCUGCUAACCUACUUUUUUUUUCUGCUGCAUGCGUUCCAGUCGUAUGACAAAAGCUGAACUCUAAUUCAGAGUAAUUCCUUUUUUCAGCAUGUAUGUGCAUGCACAUGUAUACAUCUGCUCAUACCUGCUCUGUCUACUUUUAAAUGCAAACUCUUGAGUGCUCUGGAGUAAGAAGUUAUGAGAAUAAAGCAAGGACAACUUGUUUACCUC